ACUGCGUUUGCAGACGCCAUAAUAAAAAAAGGAAUACUCCCACUUCUCACUUGAGCCACUGCAAAUAAAUAAAAUUCGGAACUAGGCAUACAUUUUAUUUUUAUUAGCCAAAGUCUUAGAUUAGCUAGUUUGACAGACGAUGGACUCAAGAAUCUCCGGAAGUUGAGCAACAUGACUAUGAUCGAGAGAGAAAACGAGAACAUCUCGGCAGUGAACACCGGAUGCAUACCAAAAGUUGCCCUACUUCCAGUUAAAGCUGAAAUCUCUGCAACAAAUUCUUUUCUAGACGAACCAAUUGGAUCUCGUCCCGAUGAAUCUUCUGGUUCAGUUCUUAGUGAGAUUAAGAUGGCUGUAAAAAAUUCUUAUGACCCCCAUCCCAACCUUGCUAUUGCUGAAUCAGUAAAGGCACCUGCAACUCAUCAUCGGUCAAAACAUGUAAGAUCUUUUUCUGACUGCACUGGUCUGAGUUCUACUUCCUAUGAGCACCAGCAGGUUCCAUCUUUUACACAAGCUAGGAAUACCUGUGAAAAGGCAACAGAUGGUUCAAGCAGCUUAUCUAGACCACGCUUCUUGGAAGACGGUGGAAGUAGUAUUGUUGUGGCUGCUGGAGGUCAUGAAUAUCCAAAAAGGCAAAGAGGCCAAUCCUUAGUAGAUUAUUUGAUGUCAAAUCAGUCAAAAAAAAUUGGUCCUGAGCUUGAUAGAGAAAAUGCACAUUUUAGUGUUUCCGAAGCGAUGAUUGCUGCAAUUGAAGAAACAAAAUUCUACAGAUGGACUGAUAGUAAAGAAGAUGAAGAGGAUGAUCAGUUAAUCAAAAGCGAUCUCAACGACGAGAGUGACGAGGAAAUCCGUCAAAUGAAAUUUGAAUUGCAAUCAGCAUUUAGUUAUAAACAUUUUGUUUCCAAUGCACCCACAGACUGUAGCAUGUCACCGGAAUCAAGUGUUUCGGCGACAACCCCUCCAUUCUCGCCUUCGAGUUCCCUAGCAUCAGCAAUAUUGUUCGCAGAUUUUAAAAAGAAUGAUGCUAUGGAACGUAUUGAUUCCGGUAUAUCAUUCACGUCGUUUUGCUCAGCAAUUGAAAAAGAAAGACGAAGAUCGCGAAAAUUGGCUCGUUUGAGACGCGUUCAUUCGCGUUUGAUAUCUCGAAUGAAUUCGGGUUUUCAAUCCGAAAAUCCAUCCGAUGCGACCACCGUAAUGCCGAGCGCUCCUAUUGCCGUCAAACAACAUCGAAUAAGUGGUGAUUCUACUAGCCGGCGAGCCCUGUUUACCCCGUCACCUCCAUCACCAGUCUCUGCUUCUACACCCUCACCUUCAUUAGGAAUUCUUAAUGAAUCAACUGUUUCUGCCGAAAACGUUGCACUUAAUCUUUUGGGCCACUUCAGUCAACUUCGGCUACCAAACGAAUCGGAUAUGGAAUGGCUAGUGUCGGAGAAGGAUGCACCCCAACACCUGUUGCCAAUGCCACAAAGUUGGCCCAUCAAUCCUGAUGAUCCAUUCAUGCAAUUGAAAGAAAACGAAAUUGAUGAGGGGCAGAUGACAAACCUUCGAGGAAAUAGUGAAUGGGCACCGCCGCGUCCUCAGAUCGUCUUUGCUGUGUAUACGUCACCGAAUCUCAAGGUUGUCAUGGCGAAACAAAAUUAUCGCUGUGCGGGGUGUGGCAUGAGAGUUGAACCCGAACACAGUCAUAACUUCCGUUAUUGCCAUUAUUUGGGACGUUAUUUCUGCACAGCUUGCCAUUCGAACAAAACCUUUGUUGUGCCUAGUCGGAUUUUCAAGAAAUGGGAUUUUAGAAAGUAUCCUGUUUCAAACUUUUCAUAUGAUCUGCUAGAAAGAAUGUGGUUUGAUCCCCUCUUUCGACUGGGUUACAUUAAUCCGUUGCUAUACCGUCGGUGUCGACAACUAAACAAAGUCCUUGAGCUACGUUUACAGCUAAUAAAUGUUGCAGAAUUCCUACGUAUUUGCCGUUUCGGUUCCGAUGUCUGGGAAGAAUUCCGAAAACAAGCGGCGGAUUGGCUCGAGGACCCUGAAAUAUAUUCAUUGUAUGAUCUAACCAGGGUAAAUUCUGGUGAACUAUUCCAGAUUUUGCGCCAAAUUGUUUCAAAUGGAAUGAAGCACAUCAUUCACUGCGAGUUAUGCAAAGCCCGGGGAUUUCUCUGUGAAAAAUGUCAUUCGUCUGAAGUGAUCUUUCCUUUCCAAGUGGACACUGUGAUUCGCUGUAAUCAGUGUGGUAGCUGCUUUCACCGACCGUGCUGGAGCACCCCGGCAUCUUGUCCACGGUGUCAAAGGAUUGCACGGCGGUCACAAGUGAAUAAAUCCCCACCGACCUAAAACCAAUUCCUCUCCUCUUUCGUGUCUUAAACUAUUCUUUUCGUGCUUAGUAAUAAUUGUAGUGUAAAAAAAAUUUAGUAUUAACAUUGAGAUUUAUAUUUUCGGUCGGGGCAGACUGUGUUGGUCUACCAACAUGCCAAUUCGAAACAGGAAACACUUCAAAUUCCA